UCUCCCCGGAGUUUUUAGCCCCGCCCCUGUCCCGUUCCCUGCCCUGUUGCUGUUGCGCCGCCGCUGGCUGCUGCCCCCGGACCUCCACGAUGGAGAAGACAAUGGAAGACCUGGAAGACCCCCCCAUGUCUGCCGUCUUGCUGGAUCACUGUCACUUCUCUCAGGUCAUCUUUAACAGUGUGGAGAAGUUCUACGUCCCCGGAGGGGACAUCACAUGCUAUUACACCUUCGCCCAGCACUUCAUCCCCCGGCGGAAGGAUUGGAUUGGCAUCUUCAGAGUGGGGUGGAAGACAACCCGUGAGUAUUACACCUUCAUGUGGGUCACUUUGCCCGCUGACCUAAACAAGGAAUCAGCCAAACAGCAGGAAGUCCAGUUCAAAGCUUAUUACCUGCCCAAGGAUGAUGAGUAUUACCAGUUCUGCUACGUGGAUCAGGAUGGCGUAGUCCGGGGAGCAAGUAUUCCCUUCCAGUUCCGUCCAGAAAAUGAGGAAGAUAUCCUGGUUGUUACCACUCAGGGCCAGGUGGAAGAGAUUGAGCAGCACAAUAAGGAACUUUACAGAGAAAACCAGGAGCUGAAGGACAGCUGUGUCAGCCUCCAGACACAGAACGCAGACAUGCAGGCCGAGCUACAGAGGAAGCAGGAAGAACUGGAAACCCUACAGAGCAUCAAUAAGAAGUUGGAACAGGAAGCCAAAGAGCAGAAGGACCGUUGGGAGACAGAGCUGCUGCAACUGAAGGCGCACAAUGAGAAGAUGUCCUCAGAGAACGAGAAAAUGGGCGUCAGAGUGGAUCAGCUGCAGGUCCAGGUGUCAACUCAAGAGAAAGAAAUGGAGAAGCUUCUUCAGGGAGAUCAAGACAAGACAGAGCUGUUGGAACAGAUGAAAAAGGAAAAUGGCCAACUCUUUCUCAGUUUAACUGAACAGAGGGAGCAGCAGAAGAGGCUCGAGCACACUGUGGAGGAGAUGAAGGAGAAAGAAUCCCGAGCGGCAAGGAAGCACGAGGAGUUAACGGAAGAGAACUUUGACCUCUCAAGAAGACUUAGUGAUAACAAGAUUAUGCUCGAUGCUCUGCAGAGAGAGAAAGAGAACCUGGAAAGAGAAAAUGAGCUCCUGAAGAAAGAGAAUAGCAGAUUGCUGAGCUACAUGGGCCUGGAUGUUGACUCUUUGUCGGAUCCGAUGCUGACUUCAAAUCACGGAGGUGCAGGACAAAACCCAGGACUGGUCUAUGGAAACCCAUAUUCUGGUAUCCAAGAAAGUUCCUCCUCUGGCCUGUUCUCCGUCAAGAAGUGCCCCACCUGCAAAUCAGACUUUGCUGACGACAUUUGUGAGCAGCAGCACGUCUGUCUCAGUUGUCCAAUUUGUCACAAGAUCUUCCCAGCAAGAGAGAAGCAGAUCUACGAAGACCACGUGUUAUGCCACUCACUCUAAGUGUCCCAGCCUCGUGGAUCGAUGCUCUGCUUAGAUAACUUAUAGAGCAGAGAGAGCGUCUACUAGGGGUCCUAUGAGUCAAGAUCCUGCCUCACCUGAAGCAAUCAGGGAGUCCCUCAGCCUGCUGCCCCGAGCGCUGGGGUCGCAUCCACUAUCUGGAGGAUGGCGUUAGGGGCUUCUGCGUCCACCCUCGCAGGUUACCGCCUAUAAGUCACAUAACUCCAGCUGUGUCAGCCUCUCACCCAUAACACCCAUUCUUCCAAGGGUCUCAGGACAAGGGCCCUGGGGUAGAGCUCACCUGCUAUUCACAGCAGUCUUUACCUGCUAGGAAGUGAUUAAUUUCCCAAGUUGUCCCGCUGUCAUGUGAGGUCAGGCCUUGAGGGUGUGUGUCCUCGGUCCUAACCCUGGGCUACUCUUUCUCCUCGGGCCUCUGUCUCUGCUUGAUUGCAUCAGACCAGACAAACAUGACACAGGGGAGAACGUGGCUGCCCAACCAAAGGUUCCCCAUCCGCAUCACUCAGCUCCCUGAAGAAGUUUAUUCCUGCACAGUGGACAAGAAAUACCAUUUCAAUCACAGAAAGCCUCCUUUCUAGAUACCUCUGACAUUUUCUAAUCUGGUCUUUUCUAUGCAUAACACAUAGCCUUUUGUGUUGUACAUCCUUUUUCAAUGGUUAGUUGGACUUAGAAACUAUAUGGCCUUGUUACUUUUUGAGCAGGUGAGUUUGAAGAUGGAUGUUGGAAUAACGAGACAACCAUUGUUACUAUCUUAUACUAAAAAUAAAGCGCUCUUCUAUUUCAGGGA